ACGGGUGCCCCAGGUUGGUGUCCGCGGCUGGGGUGAUCUGGCGCAGAUCGGAGGAGGCGCUUGGGGCCCAUCUUCUGCUCCUCCCUCCCCGUUGCUUGCGGCCUCCCAGAGGUCGGCCCAUCUCCUGUGGCCUCCGUGAAAUGUGGAUGACGCCCAAGAGGAGCAAAAUGGAAAUCGACGAGUCUCGGGCCUUCCGGGCCGAGUGGACCCAGCGGUACCUGGUGGUGGAGCCUCCGGAGGGCGAGGGCGCCUUGUGCCUGGUCUGUCGCCGCCUGGUCGCAGCUACCGGCGAGUCCGACGUCAAGCAGCACUACGAGGCCGAGCACGAGUACUACGAGCGGUAUGUAACGGAGGACGAGCGCGCGGCGCUGGUGGAGCGUCUGCGUCGGGGCGACUUGCCGGAGGCCGCCCCGCUCACUCCGGAGCAGAGAAUAGCUCGUGCAGGCCUGGGACUCGCCCGCCUCUUGGCCUUGAAGGGUUGCGGCUGGGGCGAGGGGGACUUUGUGCACCGGUGCAUGGCGGUGAUGCUGAGAGACGUGCUGCCCGAUCACGUAGGCAUUAUGGAUGGCAUCGAUUUAUCUCCAGAGACCACGCGGCAGAGAGUCCUGGACAUUCACCAGAAUCUACGCAGUCAACUUUUUAACCGAGCCAAGGACUUCAGAGCCUAUUCCCUUGCCUUGGACGACCAGGCUUUUGUGGCCUAUGAGAACUACCUGCUGGUCUUUGUCCGCGGCGUCGGCCACAAUUUGGAGGUACACGAAGAGCUUCUGACCAUAAUCAACCUGACUCAUCACUUCAGUGUUGGCGCCCUUAUGGCGGCAAUCCUUGAGGCCCUGCAGACGGCCGGGCUUAGCCUGCAGCGCAUGGUUGGACUGACCACGACCCACACUCUGAGGAUGAUUGGUGAGAACUCAGGACUGGUGUCAUACAUGAGAGAAAAGGCUGUAAGCCCCAACUGUUGGAAUGUGAUCCACUAUUCGGGAUUUCUUCACUUGGAACUGUUGAGCUCCUACGAUGUGGAUGUUAAUCAGAUCAUAAAUGCCGUAUCUGAAUGGAUAGUUUUGAUUAAGACCAGAGGCGUGAGGCGGCCGGAAUUUCAGGCUUUACUGACUGAAUCUGAAUCAGAGCACGGUGAAAGGGUUAACGGACGCUGUCUGAACAACUGGCUUAGGAAAGGGAAGACUUUGAAACUAAUAUUUUCCUUAAGAAAAGAGAUAGAAACAUUCUUGGUCUCGAUAGGAGCCACGACGGUCCAUUUCACAGACAAAGAAUGGCUCUGUGACUUCGGCUUCCUGGUGGAUAUUAUGGACCACCUUCGAGAAAUUAGCGAACUAUUGAGAGUGAACAGAGUCUUUGCUGCCGCUGCCUUUGACCAUAUCUGUGCCUUUGAAGUGAAGCUGAAUUUACUUCAGAGACAAGUCGAGGAAAAAAAUCUGACCAACUUUGCUGCCUUGAGCCAAGUGGUUGAUGAGCUUAAAGAGAAUCUUCAAGAAGACGAAAAAGUACUCGAUCUUGAGAGGUAUCGAGGGGUGAUCUGUCGCCUACAGAAAGAGUUUGAAAGACAUUUCAAGGACCUCAAGUUCAUUAAAAAGGACUUAGAGCUUUUUGCUAAUCCAUUUAGCUUUAAACCUGAAUAUGCACCUAUUUCAGUAAGGGUGGAACUUACAAAACUUCAGGCAAAUGCUAACCUUUGGGAGGAAUACAGAACCAAAGAUUUAGGGCAGUUCUAUGCUGGGCUGCCUGCUGAAUCUUUCCCGAUUAUCAAAGGGGUUGCCUGUAAGGUGGCAUCCUUGUUUGAUAGCAGCAAAAUCUGUGAAAAGGCUUUUUCAUAUUUGACUCGAAACCAACACACUUUGAGCCAGCCUUUGACAGACGAACACCUCCACGCCCUGUUUCGGAUUGCCACCACUGAAAUAGAGCCACGCUGGGAUGAUCUUGUGAGAGGAAGAAAUGAAACCAAUCCAUAAACUCUUAAGUACAACAUUGAAACACUCAACAAGAAUCCAAUGCUAAAAGCAAACAUUUAUUUGAUUUUCAAGUUUGCUAAUUUGGAUUGUGGGAAGGCACCAUCUUCUUCCAUCAAAAUUGAUCACAGUUGAUACUCUAUAGACAGAUUUUUUUUUUUUUUUUUUUUUUUUCCCAUCUCAAGAAGCAGCACGGGACUGACAUCUGCAGACGCCUUUUUUUUUUUUCUAAAGCUGAAUUUCCUGGCAAAGUCAUUAUCUUUUGCUUUUAUAAUUGUUUUUAAAGAAGUUUAGUACUAAUAAUGUGAGUUGAAUCAGAAGUCUGUUUUUAAGGUGUUUCGAAGAAACUUUUGCUCUUAUUUUAACCAAAAAGGUGUUAAAAUUCUGAUGCGUAUAGUCUGAAAGUAUCAACUCCUAAAAUAUAUGUUUGAGCCAGUUUGCAGAAACUCACAUAGCAACUGCAGAAGCUUCUUCAAAGGAGGAGGUGUUUUGUCUAAUUAUCAAAAUGUUUUUGACUAUUUUUUUUUAGAGAUGUUUCUGAGUCUAAAUAUAUUUACUUACUUUAGACCUAUUUCCUCUCUCUCACCUUCCCCUGCCCCAUGGUAGCGAUAAUGAUAUUAGGAAAUUUUACUCAAUUUGAGUAAAAUUUUAGUCAGAGGAGCAAGAAUUGUUUUAAAUUGCUAGUUUAAGAGGCUUUUACAGUUUGAAGAUCAGACUAACCAAUUUUUGGCAGUUUCCCCUGAAUGCUUCACAGUUGGGUGCCGUUUUUAUGAGCUUGCCUGUUAGAAGACUAUGGUAAGUAUAGACUCUUAGGGGCUGCCCACUAGUCAUUCUUUGUUUACUCUAGACAGUUUGGCCCUGUCAAAAAGGAUGAGAAAGAGAAAAUGUUUGCAUCGCAGGAUCAGGAGGUGUGAGCUAUUUUAGCUUAUUUGUCCCAUCACCCUGGGUGCUAGGGCUUUAUAGAGAAAUCCUGCUAAAAGGCAAUCCUUUAUUUUAAUGUGAUGUAUCAAAUGUUGUUUGUGACUUUAAAUGGAUUUAUUAUCAACUUGCCAUUGUCCCACACAUUGUGUAUUUAAGACUGCACAAGGGGAAAUAUUUUAACUCUGCAGAAGCAGCUUUAUUUACUGAUUGUAGCAGUUCCAUAUUUUUUAGUGAGACACCUGCUUUGGACUAAAACAGUAAUUUUCAAAUUUAUGUUAACCAUUAAAAAAUCUUACAGUAAAGCCAAAUAUGUGAAAUGAUUUAAGGACAGGACCCAACUUAGAGAUCCGCUCAAGUACAAUUUGAAAACUUGUGCUCAAGUCCUGUCUUAACUCUUGGAAUGCAUUUCUCUAUGGUCACUAAUUCAGCAAAUUCAAGGAACCAGAAUAAACAAGAAUUUAGAAGGAACGUGAAGCCUGAGCAAUCAAAAUAGAACCAAAAUCUUGCCAGUGGUUCUCAAUCAGACAGUAUCUCCUCCUUUAAAAUGUAGGGAGAUGAAGGAGACUUUUUAAUUGUGACAUUCAUUAGGAGGAAGUUCUGCUGGCGUGUAAGCAUGAAUGACACCCUCCCCUUGUGGUGCCUAGGAUAGCACAGCACAGUCAAAAUUCCUGCCAAAGUUCCAGCAGACCCCCCUCCACCCGAGCACAUCAUCUGAUUUUGAGGGAGAAGGCAAAUUACCGGUAGAAGCAGAAUUAGAAGGGCAAGUUAGGCUAAUUGAUAACAUUUGAUGGUGGAAACUAAUUCCAGCAUUCCAGAUUUGGCUGGUAAGAUACAGUCAAGGCCCUGAUAGGUUCUGGUAGCUCAGAAGAGCAUUUAUAAGUCAGUAGUUGGCACUGAGCCAGAUUAAAGGGCUCUGCUCUAUUACACUUAAUUACACAUAUGUUUUAUUACACACAAUUAGUUUAGGGCAGAAAAGAAAGUGUUCUAUAUUACUAAGAUACUUAGCGAGAAUGGUCAAGUUAAGAUUUGGGUUAACAGGGAGUAAGCUUAAACAUCUGGAGAAACAGCAGAUUAGAAAACCAAAAAAGAACAAAAACAUCUGCCGGUAAUUUUCCAGUAGUUUGGAGUAUUCACUUUCAUGGCAGGUGCCUUAAUUGAAAGGAUAAUGGGAAGACCUGUAAGCUGCUUCUGCUUUCUAACUCCAGUUCCUCAAAUACUGAAGUUUUGUACAUUUUGUGAAGUUCCAUUAUAUGUUUUGCUUAGGGUGAUCAUAAAAUUAGUUCUGUAGUCACUGACUGUGGGGGAGGUAUAAGCCCAGAAUUUUAAAUUAACCCUGAACAGUAGAGAAUUUGCUAUGUAAAUUAGCCUUGUUUGUAAAAAGAAGUGUGUAUUUUGCUGUUUUCUGUACUAAGUAAUUCUGUAACUGCAUGGCAGUCUUUACAAGUUACUUUUUAUAAAAUAGCUGUUACUGGUCCUGUCAUAUCAGUGAAUAUAGUUAAAGUAAGUACUAUUUUUUUUUAAAAAACUCUUGUCCCAGUAUCUCCCAUUCCUACUAGUUUUCUUCAAAGAUUUGUCUGUAUUCCUCCCUCCCAUACUGUGCUCUGAUCACUCUUCCAAGUUUCCCAAGUCCUUGUCAAUAUGCCUACCCUCUUCCCACCCCUGACUGCCCUCCUUGAAAUGCUUGCUUAGUUUGACUUUUGGGAGAGGCUAUCUCCAAGUACGCGUUCUCCAUCUUCUUUGCAGGCACCUCUUUCCCUUAAACAUCUGUGUCCUUGGGAUUUUUUUAAUUUGGUUUUACGCUAUCUUGUUUACAUCAUCUCCUUAGCUGACUUUUUUUUCCUUUCAUCCCUUCAGUUACCAACUGUAUGCAAAUGACUCCAACUUCAUGUCUCCUUUCUUGACCUUCCCUGAUUCCCAUAUCUAAUUGCUAACUCAAGUCCACUUUGCAUAGGCAUCACACAUGUCCUUGACCUUGUCCCCCAAACGUGCUCCUCUCCUGGUCCCUUUCUCUGUAAAUGGCACCACCACUGCCAGCCAUUCAGUUGGCACAGCCUGAGCCCCAAACUCAGGUCUCCAUGACCUUUCCCUCUUCAUCCAUCACAUCCACUCACACACGCCUUUCUGUGAAGUCUGCUGCCUACACAUUCCUCAGUUCUCCAGUGUACUCUGAUUCAGGCCGUCAGCCUACCUAAAUCACAGCAGUGGCCCCCUCCGUCUCCCUUUGUCUGGUUGUGAUCACUUGUCACGCUGCAGCCAGAUUACUCCAGAAGUCUGGUCCCAUCACUCCUUGCUUCACCCACUGCUCUUAGGAAAAGGUGCGGUUUAUGUGCCACUUCCUCCAGGAAGCCUUCAUCCAUUCCCUCUAGGCUAAGUGCCCCCACGAUGCCUCCCUAAAUACCCUGUUUCUCGCCAGCCAUAUACUUAGCACACUGCAUCGAUCCUUCCUGUUGAUCCGUGCUACGCUGUGAGCUUUGCAAGCCUGGAGACCAUGUAUAUGCCUGCUCACUGCUACAUCUAAUGCUUAGCACAGUGCCUAGCUUUUCAGUAAAUAUUUGGAUGAGUAAAUAUUUGUUCUACUCUUCCCAGCCCUUUCAUAGUCUUUGAUCUUCUCUAGUUCUGCCUUGACCUGCUUGCUGGGUAACUUAUCCACCAAUUGCCAAGUAAGAAAUGAAACUAAGUUCCUUCUGACUAGGGAAUUGUAUUCCUAGAAUUGAGUUCAGUGCUUGGCAUGUGGCUCAAAUAUUUACCAUGUGACUGUUGUUGAGGAAACACUGCAGUUGGCCCUUGUAAACAUGAAGUAGUAAAAUGAAGUGUCCUCAUAGAAUCCACCGUGUGGUACUGUCUUUACCUCCUUGAUAAUAGAAGUCUUCAUUUUUUCUUUCUUUCUAAUUUCUAAAGGCAGGCUUACAAAGGAACCUGGAUGAGAAAGAUUGGACAACCAUGUAGUGGACUAAAACAAUACUUCAGUUACAUUCGGUACCAGAAAAAGAUAAAAAAACUGCUUAAGAGUUAAUCCCUAUUUUCCUUCUGUAAGCAUCAACUCUGGGAGAAAACCACCUGCUCUUUUCCUUUACAGAUGGUUUCUGGCUCUUCUGGGAUUUUAAAGUAAGUAAAUUUCACAAAACACGAGAAGAAGGACCCAGUCAGCCCUUCUGAUCACUAGAUACUCGGUUCACAUGCUUUCCUACUUGCAGAAUGUCAUCACUCAUCACCUCCCCAAGGAAGAUUCUCUCCAGGGAAUUCUUCCAUUACCCUGCAGAAAUGACUUCUUCUGUUCUCCGACAGCAACUUCCAGAAUGCCUGCCAACUAAGUCAGUGUUCAGUACUCUAGGUUUUUGAAAACAGAAACUCUUUCUGUCUCAAUGAGCUAGGUUGCCAUGCGGUAACAACCACAAGAUCCCAGCUUUUCUUUGGUAGUCUGGCGAGGGCCUCUGCUCUAAGUCGGGGGUUGAAGGCCAUGGGCAAGGUGUGUCCUACUGCCCGUUUCCCUAAAAGUUUUAUUGGGAGACAGCCUUGCCCAUUUGUUUCUGCCUUAUCUAUGACUGCUUUUCUGCUACCCUGGCAGAGUUGUGGGGUUAGAGAAGAAAGUGUGCAACCCACAAAAUGUAAAGUGUUCACUAUGUGACCCUUCAGAGAGAGUGUUCACUGACCCAGGCUCUAAGUGGUCCUCAUUCUGGGGCUCGAGCUGACCAAGCGGAUGUCACCUAGGGUGUGACUGCUCAUUUAGGGAAAUGAAAAAGCAAGACAAGUCACUUACAGGCCGUUUAAGCACUCUCACUGGCCAGAAGAGAUCCCACGGCCACGCCAAGUCCAAGGAGUGUGAUCCUUCCUCGUGCCUUGGAAGAGAACCAAAAAUAUUUGGAAGAUGAUACUACCAACUAACACAUAGCUAUAUUUCUCUCUCUCUCUCUCUCUAUAAAAUUUCUUUGAAAGUAUUUUUUCUUUUUAAUUGCGGUGAAAUUUAUGUUCAGUAAAAUGCAAAGACUCCGUGCACACCUUGUGGAUUUUUAUGUACACCCUAGAACCCAUCAACCAAAUCAAGACCCGGAACACUUCAGCACCCUGGUCGCGGCCCUCCUGUGCACACCCCCAGCCUGCCACAGAUAACCACUAUUCUGACCGUUAGCACCAGAGAUUAUAUUUGUUUUAAAGCUUCAUGUAAAUAUGAUAAUUCUGUGUACUCUUGUUCAGCAUUGUAUCUGUGAGUUAUCCAUGUUGUGAUUCGUUUAUUAAUACUUCUGUGUAGUGUUCUGUCGUAUGACUUAUACCACAAUUUAUGAAUCCAUUCUACUGUUGGUGGAAAUUUAGGUUGUUUCCAGUUUGUAGUUGUUAAUGAAUAAAGUUCUUAUGAACA